AUGACGAAGCUCGUCAGCGGCAACGGGACACCGGGCGAAAGAGCUGCGCCAACUAAAAGUGGAACCAACGACUCUAAAAUUGGGAGCAGGCUGGAUGUCGGCGCUCUGGUUAAGAAGGAUGGCAAGGAAUACCGCCGCUAUUAUCUGCAACUAAACAUCAACGCGGAAAAUUCGACCAUCAGGAAGGAGGCCCAACAGGACAGUCAUCGGACUUUGUCAUUCGCCGAUGUUGAGAUCAAGCAAAACCCGACCGACGCGGAAACCGAGGCGGCAGUGGAAUCACUCUUCGACGACUUGUCCAACAAUGUCGAGGCGGACUGA